UAAGAUCUGCUUAACUUGCAGAAGAAGGUGAGAAUCAUAAAGAACAGUUCUUUUUUGUUUUGUUUUCUCAACUCUCUUUCUUCUUCUUCUUCUUCCUUCGACUUUAACUGGGGAAGAAGAAGUAGAAGAUCCAUUUAACCGUAUCUAUCUUUUCUCUCUCCACCGCGUUUCGAUGGCGGGAGGCGAAGAGAAGAACGGGAUUAUUGAUUCAAUGCCCUUGUUCGCUAAGGAGCUUAUUGCCGGCGGAGUCACCGGCGGCAUAGCUAAGACCGCCGUAGCUCCACUCGAGCGGAUUAAGAUUCUAUUCCAGACUAGAAGGGACGAGUUUAAACGCAUAGGGCUCAUAGGAUCCAUCAACAAGAUUGGCAAAACUGAAGGUUUGAUGGGUUUCUACCGUGGGAAUGGUGCAAGUGUUGCCCGGAUAGUUCCCUAUGCAGCUCUUCAUUACAUGGCUUAUGAGGAAUACCGGAGAUGGAUCAUCUUUGGUUUCCCAGACACUACUCGAGGCCCAUUGCUUGAUCUUGUAGCUGGAUCUUUUGCUGGCGGUACUGCAGUUCUCUUCACUUAUCCUCUUGACCUGGUCCGGACAAAACUGGCUUAUCAGGUUGUUGGUUCAACAAAAUCUCAAGCAAAAUCUAUUAUUCACCUGGAACAAAUUGUGUACAGAGGAAUUACCGAUUGUUUCUCGAGGACAUACAGAGAAUCUGGAUUCCGAGGCCUAUAUCGUGGUGUAGCUCCUUCUAUGUAUGGAAUCUUCCCUUACGCUGGAUUAAAGUUCUACUUCUACGAGGAGAUGAAACGCCAUGUCCCUGCGGAACAUAAGAAAGACAUUUCCCUGAAACUUGUUUGUGGAUCAGUCGCUGGAUUGCUUGGUCAGACCUUAACGUACCCUCUUGAUGUUGUCAGGAGACAAAUGCAGGUUGAGAGACUAUAUGCUGCCGUUAAAGAAGAAACAAGAAGAAGAGGAACAAUGCAAACGCUUUUCAAGAUUGCUAGAGAAGAAGGUUGGAAGCAACUCUUCUCGGGGCUUAGCAUCAAUUACCUUAAGGUUGUACCAUCCGUGGCAAUCGGAUUCACAGUAUAUGAUGUUAUGAAGCUGCACUUAAGAGUCCCAUCGCGAGAGGAAACAGAGGCAGAAGAUUUGACGACACGGAAAAGGAAUGCUUUGAGCUAAUUCUAAGGUCAUCCCAUGAUCUGAUUCUUUGUGGUGUAUAAAGCCACAGAACAUGAUUUGAGAGUGUACAUUGCAUUUUUUCGUAGAGGAAAUUGAAACUAACUUCCUCCAAAUAAACAGUGUUAGAAUCCCAAUCGAAAACAAUAGGACUUAUAUGUAAAUGUCAAAUUGCUUGUAGUUUUUUGUUCAUUCAGGAAUUUGGUUAGCACCAUCCCGUGGUUAUUUCUUUUCGAAACCACGAGAGACUCGAUGUAAUAUGUAACAUUCCGAUAUGAAGGAUAUCAUUGAGUGUUUGGUUG